AUGAAAAUUUGGUCCAACAUAGCAAAAGAUGUUGAAGAUUCAAAUCAUUUAAACUACGAAGAGAUGACAGCCAUGCUAACAAAAAUAGUUGAUCAAUGUCCUGGCAUCAUGAGGCUUUACAGCAUUGGAAAGUCAGUCAAACAGAGGGAGCUCUGGGUUGUUGAAAUUUCAAAAAGUCCAGGUGUGCAUAGGACAGGUUUGCCAGCAUUCAAGUACAUUGGAAACAUGCAUGGAAAUGAGGUGGUUGGUAGAUUUCUUCUUGUCAACCUCAUCAAGUUGUUGUGCAUCAACCACAAAAAAUCGGAUUAUGUCGAUUUGUUGAUUGAGCUGACAACUAUUCACAUCAUGCCAUCCAUGAAUCCAGAUGGUUAUGAAAUUUCAGUCGAAGGGGAUGUGGAUAGUGUACAAGGCAGAGCAAAUGCAAAUGGUGUUGAUCUCAAUCGCAACUUUCCAAAACGCUUAUCAUCCACUCCAGAGGUUCAAGAAGUAGAAACCAAAUCAGUUAUGGCCUGGUCGCAAGCAAAUGAUUUUGUGUUAUCUGCAAAUUUGCAUGGUGGUUCAUUAGUAGCUAACUAUCCUUAUGACGAUGCAACAGAUGGUAAUAGUGUGUACAGCAAGUGUCCAGACGAUGAAACAUUUCGCAUGCUGGCCUCAUCAUAUGCUCGUGCACAUCCCUACAUGACAAGGAAGCCCCAAUGUGGUGCAGAGCAGGGUGAUUCAUUUGAAGGGGGCAUAACAAACGGAGCAUCGUGGUACUCAGUGAGUGGGGGCAUGCAGGAUUGGAACUACCUUCACACAAAUUGCUUUGAAAUUACUCUUGAAAUCAGCUGCACCAAGUUUCCAGCGUCUACUCAGUUGAUGAAGUACUGGCAUGACAAUAAAGAACCUCUUUUAGUUUACCUCACUCAGGUGCACAAAGGCUUUUGGGGUUACACGGUAGAUAAAAACACCGGAGAACCUCUUGCACAUGUGACCAUCUUUGUUUCGAACAUCAACCACGACAUCUCAUCAACAAGUUCUGGAGAGUUCUGGAGAAUUGUCAGUCCUGGAAAAUAUGAAGUCACUGCUGCUAAACUCAAGUUAAUAUCAGCCUCAUUCACCCGCAUUGUCAUUUUUGAUUAA